UGACAGGGAAAAAUCGCAUUGUGGUUUGUUGAUGUUUGUGUCAAACUCUCGCUCGUUGUUACGAAAGAAAAGCCUCGAACGCCAAAGGAACAAAGUCGUUUUGUAACACUCGUAUUUAAUUAACCGAUGUCAGGACGGGUGUAAUUAUUCAUGUGUCGAGUCAGAUUGCUCAUAAACAAGUGAAAAGCCGUAUAUUCUGUCUGGACAACUCAUAACAACACAAAUCACCGCAAGCUGGCCAGCUAUGACAAUUCUCCCGAAAAAGAAACCGGCCUCGACAGUCGGUGGCGGCGAUCACACCGAUGAACCGGAUAGACGAGGCAGCUCUGAACCGCAUUCGCACCCUCAUCCACUUGGAGGACGACCUGGGUCGAGACCCAGGGCCUCUCCGCCGCCGUGGUCUUCCAGAGAGGAGCGGAGGAUAGAGACGAGCGCUCGCCCGCAGCCGGCCUCCCCGCAGCCCGGUCCCGCUGGAGCUCCGGUCGGGCAGUGUGAAGCCAGCACGAACUCGGUCGGAGGUCGUGUUGAGUUGCCGUGCGGCACAGGUGGCGUUGGAAGCUGCUUCUCGGGACCUGGACUCAGCAAGCGGAGACGGCAGGUGGUUUGCUCCAGCAGUUUGACAGGUGGAGGAGGAAAAGUGGGAGGCGGAGGAGGAGGCAGUCCUGCAUCGGAACCCGAGGAAGGAGCAGGAGGCAACAACAGUGAGGACGAGUAUGAGAAUGCGGACAGAAUUCAGCUUGUGGAUCCAGUCACAGUCGAGCAGCAAGAAGAAUGGUUUGCGAAAGCCUUGAGGGAAAAGAAUGGCUUCGUAAUAAAAAAAAUGAAGGAAGAUGGAGCAUGUCUUUUCAGAGCAGUUGCUGAUCAAGUAUAUGGGGACCAAGAUAUGCACGAUGUGGUACGGAAACAUUGUAUGGAUUAUUUGACAAAAAAUGCAGAUUACUUCUCUAGUUAUGUCACUGAGGACUUCACCACAUAUAUUAGCAGGAAGAGGAAGAACAACUGCCAUGGCAACCACAUUGAGAUGCAAGCCAUGGCAGAAAUGUACAACCGGCCAGUGGAAGUUUAUCAGUACAGUGUCGAGCCAAUCAACACGUUCCAUUGCAUCCAUGAGAACAAAGAUGAGCCGAUUCGUGUCAGUUACCACAAAAACAUCCAUUAUAACUCUGUUAUGAAUCCCAACAAAGCCAGUGUUGGGGUGGGGCUGGGCCUCCCCUCCUUCAAACCAGGGUACGCUGAUCAGAGUCUUAUGAAAAACGCCAUUACGACCUCCGAGGAGUCUUGGAUUGAGCAGCAGAUGAUGGAAGACAAGAAGAGAGCAACAGAUUGGGAGGCCACCAAUGAGGCCAUUGAGGAGCAGGUAGCUCGUGAGUCCUACUUGCAGUGGCUUCAGGACCAAGAGAAGCAAGCGAGACAGCCUCGGAAGGCUAGCGCCGCCUGCAGCUCUGCCACAGCCACCACAUCCAGUGGCUUUGAGGACUGGGGAUGCCAUUCGCCAUGUCAGCGAAGCUCCGCUCCUUCUCUAGAGCAUACAGGCCCAGCUCACCCUGAACCCCUUGUCAAACCCUCCUCCCCAGCAGGAGCCUCGCUGGUUCUUCCCAAACCCCCCUCACCCUGUGCCCCAGGUCCAAGUCAUCAGUCUUCUGCCAACUCGUCCCUGGUGUCUCUGUACCCAACCCGGGGGUACAGAACUAGAAUGCAGAACAUGUCACCUACGGCCUUCGGUUUAACAGAUUGGGAAGAUGACAAUGUUUUGGCCUCAGUACUGGCUGCUUCACAACAAGAAUACCUCGAUAGUUUGAAGAAAAAUGCAAUGCACAGAGAAUCUUCUCCAGACUGCAGUUGAUGCAUUGGACAUCAUAGCUUGUAGCACAAACCACGGAGCAUCACACUGUUCCCACCUGAAUUUCUUUAUUUCAACACCAUGCAAUGGUGGGGGUGGGGGGGUAACCUGUUUUCCUUAAUUUCAUUAAACUUCAUGGACCUAGUUAGGUGCAUGUUUAAGAAAACAUUGUAAAAUGUAAUAUUAAAAAUAUAAUCUCAACUAUUUAUUAAUAUCAGGUGUUUCCUUUAUUUGGUUAGAAUAAAUGAUACUAACUUGGAUAAGCAGAUAUUUUGAGGAAUGUUGAAAAGUUGCAGGUCUUUGGUCAUUUAAAGAUGACCAAUAAACAUUGUUUACUGAUUAUAUACCAGAACUGAAAAAAGCAAAAACAAUUUUAUGUUUGUGCAAUGUCAAAAAUAUUAAGGGAAACCAGAGGAAUAGUAUUGAACAUUUAGAUAUCUGUUGGCACAUCAUAACGUAAUGUAGCAUGUCUUUACAAAUGGCUACAUUAAUUGUUCAAAAGAAAAGUUUGGGAAGUGUCCUUUUGGAUGUGAGAAAAUCGAAUGAUUAAAAUGUAAAAUCUCUCAAACCGAGUGUGUUCGUAUUGUUAAAAACGAAUAUACAGUGAGUUACAAAACUUUAGGAGCACAUUGAAAAUCUGGGAUUUAAAUUCUAAUUUAAACAUAGAAACAAAAAGUUGUAGAAAAUUAAAAACAAAGAGACAUUAUGAUGAAAAAUGUUUAAGAAAUAUUAAAAUAUUCUGCACUAUUUCUAGGUCACUAAUCAAAUAAGCCAGUUUGUGAAAUUGACCAUGUUAACUCCUUUGUUGAAAAGCUCAGAUUUUAUUGCAUCCCUGGAUUUCACUUAGGGGUGUACUCACUUUUGUUGCCAUCGGUUUAGACAUUAAUGGCUGUGUGUUAAGUUAUUUUGAGGGGACAGUAAAUUUUCACUGUUAUACAAGCUGUACACUCUCUACUUUACAUUGUAGCAAAGUGUCAUUUCUUCAGUGUUGUCACAUGAAAAGAUAUAAUCAAAUAUUUACAAAAAUGUGAUGGGUGUACUCACUUUUGUGAGAUACUGUGUAUAUGUAUAUAUAUAUAUAUAUAUAUAUUAGGGCUGUCAAUCGAUUAAAAUUUUUACAUGGUGUCCCGAUUAAUUAAUUGCAUAUACAAAUAUUUGCUGAGAAAGCCCCUCAUAACAAUAAGUCAGUAUAUUAUGAUGACAUAAUUUAUACAUAGUUAUCUUUAAAUAUUUAAAAAUUAUAUAUUAGCACUGUCAAUCGAUUAAACAUUUUGACAUGAUUUUCAGUUUUUUUUUGGGGGGGGGUAAUGUAAUAAAAAAAUUAAGAUAAUUAAAAUGCAUUACAUUCUUGUGGCAGAAGAGUUCAUUGAUAAGACAAUACAAAAAGCGGCUUUAGAAUACAAUGUAUUGUUUUCUACCAUAUUAUUGAUCAGAAGUCAAUCAUUGGUAUACAGUUCACAGCAAUCCAUUACACAAGUGAUUUUGUCAAUCAGUUGGAGAUUAAUUAUGAGGGCUUGUUUAAGGACCCGUCAAUGUACGUCAAAGCAUCAGACAUGCUUGUGUUGUGUCUCGGAUGCGUUGCAUCAUAAACAUAAAAUUUUAUGACACUGUGUCAAGUUAAACAUAGUUUAAAUCUUAAAACACAUCUUGAGAUCCCUUAGUUCGAGCGCAAGAACAUACCUCAUGUUUGUGUUGUGCUGCCUACAGAAGGGUUGUUUAGUCCUGCAUAAAUAUGUUACAAAUUCAAUAACUAAACUAAGAACAAUGUAUUUAACACUUCCUAUACCCCCCAAAAUGAGAGAAACACACUUCAAAGUUAAGAACAACAUUUACCCCUCUAAAGAAUUACUUAGACUUUGCUUUUGUAUUGAUGUUAAUGCAUGCACAUUUUGUGAAAAUGAUGUUGAAACUACGGACCAUGUUUUUUUUCCCUCAUGCAACCUGGUACAUAUAUUUUGGUGUGACAUACAUAAUUGGAUACAGCAAAAGACCUCUUCAUUCCCGACUUCUAUCUCCAGAGACGACAUAACAUUUGGUUUGAUAUUGCAAAGACAAUUAACUCUAGAACUAUAAAAUCAUCCCCCAAAUUUGUUAUUUUUUUUUAAAUAAAUUUAAAUUGUAUUUGAAACUCUAAAAGAUCCAAAAGAACAAAGAUUGUACGACAUCCUAAAACACUUCCCGACUAUAGAAAAUAACUGAACUGACUGAAUUCUCCCCUGGUAUGACAAUGUCUUAUCACUGGGUUAUUUAUUUAUUUCAUUUUAUUUUUUAUUAAGAGCUGUUACCUCUGACUGUUUUCUAUAUAUCCUUAUACUGAAGUUGUGGAUUAUAUGUUGCCAUGUUUAUAUGUAAA